UAAGUGCAGAAUCUAACUUUCUUUGUGGUAAAAACUCGCGGGUCAUUGAUGGUAUUAGAAAUAGAGCAGUAUUAGGGCUUCUUGUAUCAUAAUUUGUCUAAGUAGCCAUCUGAAUGAUAAUAAAAAUGUAUGUUUCUUACAGGCUAACAUAAUAGUCAUUUAUACUGUGAUUAUACUAGUUUACAGUUUAAUGUGUAAAAAUAAGAAAUGGAUGAUGAUUUAGAGUAUUUAAUCACAUUCCCUACACCAAGACCCUACAUUGAUGAUCUGAAUAGAAAGUUUUCCCCUGAGGAUGCAGUGCCAACUAAAUCAGUUCCUCAUUCUAUCAAGGAAAGAGAUGUUUCAAUCCAGUUUUCAUCCUGUACGUCUGAGAAUGAUGAUUUGGACCUUUCUGAUCUGCUCCCAGGUGGUGUCAACAAACAACCUGUGAUUCUAAUGCUAGGAUGGUUUGGAGCUCAAGAUGAAUACCUUGCUAAAUAUGCUAGCCUCUAUACAGCUAGAGGGUGCAUAUGCCUUCGCUACACUGCACCACCGUGUUGCCAAUUUUUCCUGUGCCCCGGCUCAUACAUGGAGCCCAUUGCUGAAAAACUCAUCGCAGUUUUGAAGGAAAUGGACCUUCACACUCACCCUCUAAUUUGUCAUAUAUUUAGUAAUCAUGGGGCCACAUUAUACUAUUUCUUCAGCAAAGUGCUGGACAUUUCCAACUCUGAGGCAGAAGAAGAAAAGAAGCCAGCAAUUAACCUCAUUGGAUGUGUUUUCGACAGCUGCCCUGCCCCACGGAGGGUGUGGUCGGGAACAUGCGCCGUGUACCACGCGGUGAGGGGUCCGGUGUGGCUGCGUAUCUUGGCGGCGGUGGGCGCGUGGGUUGUGUUCCUCGGGUGGGGCGCCGCCAGGAGGGUCUGGGCCCUCUGUACCAGGGCCCCGUCCCAUUGUCUCCCCUGGGCCCUAGUCCAGGAGCCCCGGCGAGUGCCUCAGCUCUUUCUGUACUCCGACGCUGACUCACUUAUCAGGGCUGAUGACGUCACGCGCUUCUGGCAGCACAGGAAGAAGCUCGGCGUGCCGGUCUACACCAAGCGCUGGCCGCACUCUGCUCAUGUCCAGCAUUAUAGGCAGUAUCCUGAGGAAUAUUCGCGCACGGUGUUUCGUUUCGUGUGCGAGUGUCUGGCUCCGAGCACCGCGUCCUGCUCGACUCCUGCGCUACGAAGCCAAUUACUCUCUUAACCCUUAAGGCUUUAACCGUUUGUCUGCACGAAGGAAAAAGGGUUGUCCUUAGCCCUUUCUUUACAUAGAGAGCAAAGGGUUUGUUUCUAUCACUUUACCCCAAAGGAAAGGGUUCGUCUUCAACCCUUUCUUUUCACUGACGGCAUAGGGUUUGUCAAUGAUUUUCGGACCUACUGACUUGGUAACGAAAGGAUUCAACAAAGGAUUAACCUUUUGUGUACGGAUGCAUUACCCGUCCUCAAUGCUAUUCGUGCCUAAAAGCCAUGGUAACGAGAGUUACCCUCAUUAGACAUAUGUUAAGCUGAGCUAUUCACUAAAAUAGACUAGAAUGCAGGAGCGGAUCUUUCGUGUGCCUUCUUAUAGUAUAGAUUUGUCGGAAAUAAUCGUAUUCAUUUUACAAUAUUAAAUUCAUAAUAACUGUUCUUUUUUAGUCAAUGGAAGUACGGCAAUACAUUUUAUCUAUAAUGAAAAUAGGUCUAAAGCCAAUCAACAUUUAAAAAUUCUAAAGAAAACUACUACUAAUUAGGUUUAGACACCUUUACCCAUAUGGUCUAAACAGUGCUGCACUUUUUGCUGGUGUGGGUCAUUCUGAUCCAGUUUGGUUCGGCAGAUUGGCGUAUCAGUGCUACGUUCGCUCUCCCCGUUCGUGCUGUUAGUAAGAAAGUGUGUCGCUAUUUGGACAAUAUGACCCUUUAAUUUUUCUGAGUUUGAAGUUCGUCUUGAAGCCUUGAAUUAGUACCGUUAUUACCAGCGUUGAAUUUUUAAUCCCUCAUGUCCUUCGACUUCGUUGUAUUUUAUUAUUAUAUAAUUUUUUGCCCUUUGUAUUAUAUAUUAUUUGGGUUAAAUAAUGUUCUGUUGCCACGACGAAGCUUUGCGGAAUGAGAGUUUAAUUCAAUAAACAAAAUAUAUUGUAUUGUAAAUUCAUUAAACAUACAAACUUCUGUAAAUAUUAAAGUGUGUGAAUUAUUAAUUUUAAAAUAUCAGAGCAAUGGAUGAAUUCUUCAAUUGUAUUUUGUUUAGUGAGUAUUAUGUAAUACAAUUAAAUAUUACUAAUUCAUCCUCAUUUGUAACGUUAACAAAUAAUACUGUUAUUAACUGAUCAUUUACGUUUGAAAAUCAUAAUCUUAACCGGAACGACGAUUAUUCUUAUAAAUUUAAUUAUUAUUAAUGUCGAGUAAGUAUUCGAAUGCUUAUACACAGAGGCUAUCCAAGCGCGUAUUCACAAUACCUACCGUACAUGAAUAGUUAACCGUAUGGAUAUUUAGGUCCUAAAAUUUAUUAAUUUAAUAUAUAUAUUUAGGUCCUAAACCGGGUCCUAAAAUUUUAUGAUAUUCUGAACAAAAAUACCGUUUCAGACACGACACAAAAAUAUAAUUCACUAUAUAAAAAAUAAAAUAACGUCACACAACAAAAAUUUUUCAGGUUAUAGCGAGUCUUAUCGGAGAAUUAGUUCUGGUUAGAACUUAUUUCCCUGUAAAUACGCGUAAUUAUACAUAACCAACAUUCUUCAUUACACAUCUAAUCAAAUGUAUGAAGUACACUAUUAAACAUAAAAAAGAAUGUGCUAUCGUUGAGUAUCACUUGAGUACGUUGUUAACAAGUGCAACAAAUGGCUUUGCUUCUCAUCAUUGAAUGCUCAAAAAUCUUGCAAUUUACAACCAUUUCCCGAGAUUUUGUUUAACUGGUGUAAAUUUCACAUUUUUGGUCCCUUAUCUUAAUUAAUUAAAUAAAAGUCAGAUCAACAUCAAAGUCGUAGCAAUUCUGUGGUGUAAGUAUAAUUUUUACAAAUUUAUUUAAAUUCACUUAAGAGCAUUACGAAGGAAUCGGUAAAUUGAUAUUUUUGCCAUAGCACCACUGGACAAUGAUUUAACAGUUCAUGACCAAAGGCAGGAUGAAAAAAUUAUCAUUGAACAUGGAAAAAUAGAAAACUGCUUCUGAAUUUCAUGGCUUACGUCCAAAAAUGUAUUAAUUAUAGCAGAUUAGGUGAAGAAAGUGGUACAUAUUUUUUAUGGAGACGCUGACGUGAGAAAAACAACUCUGCCUUAUUGAAUUAUAACUUAAUUGUAGAAUUAACCUUAUUUAAAAAUAGGAGGUACUAUAUUCAAGAUUUCAUCAAUUUUUUGGCAAGUUGCACCAGAACUCUAGACGUCGUACUCCUU